AAGCCCCUUUCUCUCUCCUCUCUCUCAAAUUCAUAAAAAUCUGUUCUUUAUUUUUUGUUAGGGUUUUAGGAAGAAGAAGAAGAAAAAUGGCGACGUCUAGGGUUGCUGUGAAGGUAAAGGGGAAGGCAAGCAAAGGAUCAAAGAGCUCCAAUGAACAAUCAACCAUUCAGGUCUUCAAGGAAUGGACUACUUGGACUGUGAAGAAGGCCAAGGUCGUCGUUCAUUACGGCUUUAUUCCAGCUGUGAUCAUCAUCGGUAUGAAUUCUGAGCCAAAGCCUCACCUUUCUCAGCUUCUAAGCCCCGUUUGAUUUGAAUCACAAGUAACCCAGGUUUCAAUUUGGGAUUUUCUGUAAUGGGUCGUUCAUCCCUAUUAGUCGAUUCGACUUCGUUUUCUAUAGUCUUUUGAGAUCUCUUGUUCUACAUAUUACUUAAUAUGAUUUAGGUUUUUUUUUUUAAUAUUAUGUAAUGGAUCUUAUGAAACAAAAAAGUUCAGAUUUUUAAUAUCUAAUUUCGAUUUAGUGUA